AUGAUACCAGUUGGAUACCAGUUGGAGAGUAACAUUUUUUAUUCGGCUUAUACCCGCAUCGUGAACCAAGUUUACAUGUUGCAGGUCUCUAUCUUCACAACCGCUGCCUCGCUACCAAGAACUGACAUCUCAACCUCCGCUGGAAGAAACUCAUUGACAUCUGCGCUGAAUUUAAGAUUACACAAUACUUCAGCCAGUGUUUCUGAAGCUAAUCAAUAUCAUAGAGAAAAUCAAUCAGAUUCCAUAUUUAUGGACGGAAUGAUAUUCAAAGAUUAUCAUCUUAAUGGAAACUGGUCACAUUUUCUGCCUUUCGAAGGGUUAAAACCACCCUUCAUUAAACUGGAUGAUAAGAUUCACUCAACUAUAAAUAGUUCCACAAUUUUUCUCGAUUAUACAGGCAAUAAAUUCAAGACUGAAGGCUAUGAAAACAUACACGGUGAAGUCAAGGUUCGAUCUUCCGCAGGAAAUUUUAUUCCAGAGCCAAAUUUCACUACUCCCUUUUCAAUCGAAAAUAUAAAUUCAUCGGCAAUUUUUUCGCCAGUUGAUCGGGCGAGGCGACAAAUGGAUGGCGACUUUAUAACGAAACCUUCGAUAAAUUCACUUAAUUUGGUCUCAAGUUCGCCACAGACGACACCGAAAAGUGCAAUGAAUUUUUCCGAAGAGCCUCAAGGGGAAACAUUUUCAGGAGAUGAUUCACAUUACAACGACAGGGAGCAACUUAAAGUCGUGCUAGCGCGACUAGAACUUGACUGCCGACUUAAGAUGCUGUCUGAUCCAGAACCUGAGACUGGUUGUGUCCGCAUCUGGGACCAGGCUCUGUGCUGGGACCCCGCCCCCCCAAACAGCACCUCCCGUCAGCCCUGCCCCCCCUACAUCGUGGGCAUGGAGAACGAGGGGGGUUACGCCUUCAAAAAAUGCGAGUUUGAUGGACGCUGGGGGACCAAACCACCCAUCACGUCCAAUCUAGACGUCGUCUCGUCGUCCCCUCUAGACGUCGUCUCGUCGUCCCCUCUUGACGUCGUAUCGUCGUCCCCUCUUGACGUCGUUUCAUCGUCCCCUCUAGACGUCGUCUCGUCGUCAACGUCUCAGCGGGGAACAUCAUAA